AAUGGAUGACUUUUUUGAAGAUGUAACAACUUAGGUUGUUCCUUCUGAUGCCUCAUAGGUUGAUUAAGGUCAAUUUUAAUAAGCUUAAGUAUGAGAAAUGUCAUAUGAUAGUAUGAUGUAUUUAGUGCUUUUUCAAAUGAAGCACCUAUUUAAUCUUAGCAAUAAGUUUUCAUUGUGGUACUUGUUCAUUCAAAAAUAGAGUCCAGAAUAAUAGGUAAGAAAGGAUAAAUUGAAAAUAAUUGAAGAGGAAAGACUUGCUCAGAUAAGAGAGAUGGAUUAACAAGAAAGGAUAUUGAAAUAAUAAAAAAAAUAAAAAGGUCAAGAAUAUUUGCAAUAAUUCAAAAGGUAAAUUUGAAAAUUAUAUUCAAUAGUUAAUAAGUAUAGGAUAUUGAAUAAAGAAAAGUGUUGAAUAAAUAGAAAUAAGAGAUUUGGUUUGAAAAUAAAAAGAAUCAUAGUUAGUAUGUAAGAUAGUAAAUCUAUAUAAGAAAAAUUCAUGGGAUUAAAUUGCAUCCAAUAUAGCUUUAAAGGAUGGUGAGUAUCCAGGAUAAAAAGAUGUGACAAAAAUGAGAUAAGCAAUUCUUAACAAGAGAAAUGAUUUGAACAAGUGAAACC